AUUUUGAAUUUGAAACCUUCACUGUUACAUUACACAACAUACUCUGUCUGUAUUUGAACUAAAAACAGUUAACAAAUUCAAACAUAUCAAAUUUUGAAUCUCAGUAACUGAGUUGUUGUAUUGGCAUUUGGCUCGAGGAUAGGUUAUUUGAAAUUUGAAUGUGAGAUACACGUGUCACAACAUCAUAGGUGGAACCUUCUCGAAUGAAACAAAACAAAACAAAAAUACUAUAGUCUACCAUUUUCUGCAUUUGUUCGAGUUGAAUUCAACCAGGCUUUUGGUUUUUGUGAUAUCAAAGAAAAGUAAGAAAGAAGGUGAUGAGUGAAAGUAUGAAGAAUCAACCGUCAGAGUCACAUUGGUGGUGGCUUGAUAACGACACCACCGUUAGAAGAUCACCAUGGCUUCAAUCUACACUCACUGAGCUGAAUGAGAAAACAAAGGCAAUGUUAAAGUUAAUUGAAGGAGAAGCAGAUUCAUUUGCGCAGCGAGCCGAGAUGUUUUACAAGAAGAGACCUGAGCUUGUGAGCUUGGUUGAAGAUUUCUACAAGACACACCGCUUGUUAGCCGAACGGUACGAUCAAGUUAGGCCAGAAACUGCAAUUCGCCAUCUGAAGACUGGGGAAUCUCCUACUGCUUCAUUCAGGCAAUGUCAAUCAGAGAAGUUGAUGAGUUUUGAUGAUCAUGGUUAUGAUAGCUAUUAUGAGAAUUGUGAUGUAGAAGAAUCCGUGGAAUCUGAAAUCGAUGAUCCUGAGCAUGAAGAGAAUGCCAAAUUUGUUGACUAUAUAGAACAUGCAGAAGUUCAUUCUGUGGCUGCAAAUGAAGUGAUGAAGCUGAGGAAGGAAAUUGAGAGACUUGGUGAAGAGAAGAAGGCUCAUAAGGAUCAAAUCAAGUUGAAAAAUGACAUUCUUGAUGAAGUAAUGAUGCUGAGAGAACAAAUAGAACGAGCCCAAAAAGAGAAUAAAGUGCAGAAGGACGAACUCGAGAAGAAAGAUAUGAUUUGUAAGGAAAUAGUAAUGAAGUUGAUGGAAGAAAUGGAAGAAAUCAAACGACUCAAGCAGAAAGAUACUGUUUGUGAUGAAGUGGUAACGAAGUUGAUGGAAGAAAUGGAACAACUCAAGAAAGAAAAUGAAGCACUGAAGAAUGAACUCAAAAUGGAAGGUACUAUUUGUGAUGAAGUAAUGAAGUUGAGGGAGGAAAUAGAACAACUCAAGAAAGAGAAUGAUGAAGUGAAGAAGAAUGAACUUAAGCAGAAAGAUACGAUUUGCAAUGAAGUAAUGAGUUUGAGGGAAGAGAAAGAAAGAGUGAGAGAAGAGAAUAGGACACAGAAGAAUGAUCUGAAGUUGAAAGACAUAGAGAAAAUAGAGGUUAUAAGACAGUUGAGUUCAACAAUAGAUGUUCUGAAGCAAGAAAAUGUGUUGAUGAGAAGCUUCAUAUCUAAGGAGUUUACCCAGAAAUGGAAGAAACCAUUUGAGUUCAACAAAAUUAUUGGAGAUUUGUCAAAGAAAAUGUUUAAUGGGAUUCCAAAGAAUAAGCCUAGUAUUGUAGCUCUCUAGAUAUGGUUUCACAAUACUAUAUAGUUCUGUAGAACAAUAUUUUAAAGGUACAUAUGUUAGAGCCUUAUCAGAUAUUAGCAUAUAAAUCAAUACAAUAUGUUCUCUGUCUUCAAAUCCUAGUGUACUUCCUUAUAGAAUAAUUAAUAGUAGUAUUUUUUUACCAAUA